AGUCAUCAGCAGCAGCACACCAAGCACGACUCGACUCGGUUGAAGUUGAAGAAGGCGACGAUCGUUUCGACUACGACGCAGCAGUGUGCAGAGGGGAGACAAAUUUUCAGCUGUUUUCACCUCAUUGUCGAAGUUUGCUUGGAACUGUGUGGAGUGCAAAACGAUUCUCAAGGAUAGUUGCUGAUCGGAAAGUAGCAGCUCUCGCUUGCAAACUGGCAGCUCUGGAUGAAGGAAGUGGACAAAAACGAUAAAGCAUUAGCAUCUGAUAAAAUGUUGAAUGCUCUCGUGGCCUAGAGAGCAUUUGGUUUGUUUUUGGUGCGCAGCACAACAUUGGCAGAGAGCAUCAUCAGAAGUUGGGAGUUGGGAGUAGUGCGUGUUUUUUUUUCUAUUGCUGCCUAAUAAGAGUUGAACACUUUGUGCAAAGAGAAACAUUAUCACCAGUGCUAGUCUGUGCAGCUUAAAAACAAUUCGGAGUGCAGUGUGAUAGCAGGUCAAUUUGAUUGACGAGAGAAAAGACAUAAACAGCCUCGCGAUCGGCAUCACCUACCAGAACAGCGCUAGCCGCUAGCCGGACAAGAUGUCGUCUCCCAGUGCCGGCAAGCGCCGGAUGGACACCGAUGUGAUCAAGCUGAUCGAGAGUAAACACGAAGUCACCAUCCUGGGCGGUCUCAAUGAGUUCUGUGUCAAAUUUUUCGGUCCUCGAGGGACACCGUACGAGGGUGGGGUGUGGAAGGUCCGCGUGCAUCUGCCGGAGCACUAUCCGUUCAAAUCGCCCAGCAUUGGAUUUAUGAACAAAAUCUAUCACCCGAACAUCGACGAAGUGUCCGGCACAGUCUGUCUGGAUGUGAUCAACCAAGCCUGGACGGCGCUGUACGAUUUGUCCAACAUUUUCGAGUCGUUCUUACCGCAGCUACUAACCUACCCAAAUCCGGUGGAUCCGCUGAACGGGGACGCCGCUGCCAUGUAUCUGCACAAACCCGAGGAGUACAAGAAGAAGGUGGCGGACUAUGUGCGGCGGUACGCCACAGAGGAGGCACUGCGCGACCAGGAACCUACCGAAAGCUCCGACAGCGAGUCCAGUAUGUCUGAUUUCAGUGAAGAUGAAGCACAGGACAUGGAGUUAUAACAACGGCUAGCUUCAAUGUUUACCAAUUACUACUAUUAAACAAAUAGAAACAAAGGGCAGAAGACGGUGAGAAUUUGAAAACCUUUUUAUUAAAUUAAAUGUUUAAGCGUAGUCAUCCAAACAUAUAUACACAAGUACAUCAGUGCAUUGAAGAAUCGAGCGACAUUACCAAAAAAAAGAAAGAAAAAAGAAAGCAACAAAAUUUAUCUUUGUGAUUAAAUGUGUGGAAUAGGGAUUCGGUUAGUCGACGGCAAGAUUUAUUUAUAGUUUUCGUUCAUUUUACGCUUGUUAGGAGAUUCACAUUUGGAGCUACAUAAACAUUAUCUACGUCACUACCACCAGCAACAUAAGUAAUUGCUACAACAUUAGUAAUAUUUAGUAAGAGUACAGUUUACUAACAUCUCCCUAGCACUAGUAGCAGCGUGUUGAAUCAAUCGUAGAAGUAAACUCGUGAAGCGUUUUGUUUUUGUUGGUUGGUUCAGUUCGAUUUGCCCAAUAUACGAUACGAUACCUUAUAUUGAUUGAAUGUUUGAAUUUGGUUUUGUUUCAUACGAUAUAUUUUUGUUGCAUGCAAUGCGACGAUCUUCCCGAGAUCUUGAAACCAUUCUCUCUAUGCCGAGUAUCCAUUUUCCUUAUCCUUCAAUUUAACUUUCACAACCACCACCACCACAUCCCUCCUGACAGUAGAUGUCACACACCGUAGGAGGAUUGUUUAUUAAUGAUUAAUUAAUAUAAUUGAUUAAUAGUAGUGCGUAAUGAUAGGUGAUAAUUAUAAUUAACAUAAACUAACGAAGUGAUGAGAAAAACAUGGAAAACUUGAAACAAAAAAAAAGUGGUGAAAAAUAGUAGCGUUUAAGUCAUGUUUGUAAUUUCGAUGAAUGAUGAAAUAUUACUUGAAGAAAAUCUAUAUUAAGAAAAGAAAACGCAUAUAUUUAAACAUUAAUAAAAAUAAUAUAGAAAAUAAAA